AUGGCACCUGCCUCCACCUCGAACGAGCACAACGCCCCCAACGGCACGGCAGAUCAGCACACUGCCACCAAGGCCUGCCUCAUGACCGUACCAUCAGAACUCCGACUCGAAAUUUGUCCGCACUACUUCCCCACCUUUACCUUCAACACCCAUGCUCCUGCCUCUGAGCGAGGCAACUUUCAAGCUCCGCUACUCAACACCUGCCAACUCAUCCGCAACGAGGCUCUACCACUCUAUCAGACUUGCAUUUAG